AUGGUCGUGGCCCGGUUGACGCUUCUGGCCGUACUUGCCAUUGUGGAUGGCAAACGGGCUGGAUUCUCGGAGGCCUACACGCAGCGGAACUUGGCGGCUGCGGCUAGGGAGCAGGAGGCGGAGGGGAACUUGCAGCCUACAGCGAUCUCCGUGAAGGAGGCAGCCAAAGAGGGCAACGUGGCGGCUCUCAAGGCACACAAGGAGGCCGGUGUGGACUUGGGGGCCCCUUUGAACAGUCAGGGGAUGACCGUGGCGCACUAUGCCGCGUGGUUCGGCCAUGCAGCGGCAUUGCGCUUCCUCGCCGAGGUGGGCGUCAACUUCGAGGCGAAGGCGUGGCGUGGUGGCAAAGGCACAGACUGGUUCGUUGGUUGGACUCCGGCUCAUUUGGCAGCGCGUUACGACCACGUGGAAGCAAUGAGGGCACUCAGCAAGGCUGGGGCCGACCUCGAGGCGGCGGACAAAUAUGGAGAAACUCCGGCACACGUUGCCGCCAGCUAUGACCGUCCGGCAGUGCUGCACUUUUUGAAGCAGGCGGGGGCCGACCUCGAGGUGGCGGACAACGAGGGCAACACGCCUAUCCAUAAAGCCGCAUACUUUGGCAAGGCGGCCGCCGUGCGAUUCCUGAUCCAGGCUGGCGUGAAUGUGAAAGCCCUCAACAAGCUUAGAGAGCCUCCGGUCAACGUGGCCUCCGACAGUACCGUGAUGCAGAUGCUCCUCCAGGCUUCCCGAGCGCGGCGAGCGCGCUAA